UUUUCAAAAGUUUGAAAUGAAUUUCCACACACCGCGCGUGUGAAAAUCUUUAAAAGUAUUAACAGGCAACAAAUGAUGUGUUUGUGCAGAAAAUUAACAGUGACAAUAAACGGACAGAUAUAGGAGUUAUAGUUUUUCAUUUGUUUUAAAUGCUGUUUUGUACUGUAUAUACUGAAACGCUUCGGGUUCUGGAGGGCACCUUUGCCUUCUGCCUACACAGGUCGGCCCCGCACCGUGGGAGACACGAACCCAGGCCUCCGGUGUCACUCAACAGGGACCAAGCCAGCUCUUACACACCACUGACGGCCGUAAGCAUUACAAUACAUUUAAGCCCAGCACGUGCAUGCCCCAUGAUACCUAAGGUUAAAGGAUUUAUGGGGGGAACAUGUGGGAAACGUGUUUCUUAGAAGAGGAUGUUUAUCGGGGGUAUAAGAACCAGCGGCGUAACAUGCGAACUUCUGGCUGGAUUCCAAUUCUUUCAGUCUCGCGUUAUCGACUAACUUGUCAGAAUGGAUCAUACCGAUCAAAUUCAACAGUCUGAAGACAGUUUAUUUACGGACCUAACACUGCUCGAUUUGAUAGACGAAGACGAGGAUUUACAGAAUUACCCAGAUGCACCGAAAACAACAGCUGUAAAAAGACUGCAACACUCUGCAACGCCGAAAUACCCCCUCAAAACCUUGUGGAGACUCAGGCGGAUGUUCACGUUAUACCUGAGGUUGCGGAGCAUUUUACCAGAUCGCCUGGGAGAAGAGAACCCGAACCUUCAAAAAAUAAACUACGACGCACCGCUAAGACUUCAACUGAAACAGCGAACUCAAAACGUCUCAAAUCAACAAACAAAAGUUAAUAUAAUUUAAGCAUGGUCAAGAUGUGUUAUGAAGCACUUUUUGCAACAGUUACUUCUUUUGUUAGAAUGUUAAUUCGUUGAAAGAUCCUAGUUCACGUAGUUUUCUGUUUUGGGUUAUUAAAAAGCCCUAUUUUAAAAUUGUUCCAUUCACCCACAACCCUUUGUGUAAGGAUGCGCCACACGUGUGGCAUUUUUAUCCUAGUUAUCCUAGUAGUUUUCUUAUUUUGAUCGUUUAGAUUGCAUUGGCUGGUUUGUUGGAAAGUCUUUUAUUUUUUUUCAUAGCUAGUGUAGUUUUCUGAUUUUGAAAUAUGGUACACUGGUUUGGUAUUAAAAAGUCUUUUAAAUUUAUUCACACAGCAGCUGUAUCGACGAGCGGUGAAACAAAUGUGGUGGAAACGUCGGACCCUAAGGUGGUGACGGCGUCGAAGACGGCCGUUAAUACGCUGACCAAAACCAAAUGUGUCAAACCUUUGGAGAGAAAUAAUAACGCAAUUAGAGACUUGGUGUUUGGUGAUGUGCGAGACUCAGUGCGGUAUAUUGCACAGUUACUAUCAACGGUGAGCACUAAUGAGGUGGAUAAAAAGCGGGAUUUAGAGAAUCUAAGAGUGGCUUUAGCAAGUGUACAUUCCGUGUUUCCAAAACCAAUCCAGGUUUACGCUGCUAGACUCUUAGACAUAAUUUCUGAAGUGGAUGCCACUCUAAACUCUGGAUUUCAUAGCCUGAUAAUGCUAUUUCAUGGUUCAUUGGCGAAGAUCCCCAGGGAUAAAUGACUAAGCAUGCGGUCUAAAAAGUGUUUAAAAGACAGACCUCUUGCCAGCAUCAAGCGUUUGUACAUUAAUAAAAGAAUUAAACUGGCAAAAGCAUGUUUGUUGAGACGUAAAAGAUUCAGAGAGAGGCAUCAGAUUUCCCAAGGGCAGCCCGAACCACACAAUGAGAAUUCAUUGGUGGAAAAUAACUUAGCGGGCCGUGGUGCUGUAGCAGAACAGGAUGGCGGUAACUUUGAAAACCAAGAACCGGUUGUGAUGAACGAUGUGAAUCAUGUUGGUGACGGUGUUGGUGCGAAUAGAGACCCCUUAGUUUUCCUGGAACGUAUACAUAGUUAUAACUGGACUUAUAAUAAUUUUAGAACAAACGAGCACUAUGAAGAAUUUCAUUCUGUUAAUCUUGACAGAAUAGCCUCGUAUGUACAGGCUAUAGAUGAUGUGCAUGGUGCAGUCCAGAGAAUAUUGGAUGAAAUUUCUCUAAACAUAGGGGUGAGUGAUUUUGUACAGCUGCGUUUGACUUCGGGUGGUUAUAACAAACCCUUGUUCUCAUGCAGGAGACGGCCCGGAGAAUUAAAUGCUGCCGAUUUUUUAAACCAGAUCUCAGACCUCUUACAGAGCCACACAAAAGUUCUCACCACUGAUAGCCUCCGAUUAGUGGUGACGAUAGUUAGGAAUAUGCAGGGGGGUGCCAGCAGAUUUAAAUCCGUUCUGUACAGCAGGGUAAUUGAGCAGAAGAAAGCACACCUUAUCGACUUACAUUAUGCAGGGGGUAAUCUGUGUUUUUCCGGGUGUGUAUACGGAUUGCUAAAUGAAGGUUGUACCCAUGGGGAAAUGUUACAGGGUGCUAAACAAAUGCAGAAAGAGUUGGGUUUUCCAGAGAAUCGGAAAAUUAGUUUGUCAGACAUUACAGCUUUCGAAAAACAUUUAAAGGUGGUUUUGUACCACGACCAGGGUGAUUGGAAAUAUUUUACAAUGGGUCCCACACCGCCAAAUUCUUUUUGUUCUACUGCAUGAAGAGCAUUUUUAUGGGGUUUUAAAUAUUAUACUUUAGUGGGGGCGGCGUAUUUUUGCACUAACUGUCAUGCGGCGUAUAGUCACCGGAACACAAACGCCUGUGUUAAAGCUUGUAAAACCUGUUUAGAUCCCCAGUGUUGCAAAAUUGAUGCAGAAAUUCAGAAUUGCCCAGCCUGUAAGGUCUUUUGUCGUAGCUCUCAGUGUUUGGCGAGACACUUUCAGAAUGUGGUGAUGGGUGUUAGUAAGUGUGAGCACAGGGCCUUUUGUGAGAAAUGUGGGGUUUAUAACCUUGCAAGUCACAAAUGUAAAGAGAAACUGUGCUUGCGUUGUAACAAUGUGAUCGACACCCCUGACACACAUUUUUGCCACAUACAGCCUUUGGACAAACCCCAAAUUUCAAACAAGUACAUUUUUUUCAACUUUGAAUGCAUGCAAGAAACGGGGACACACAUACCAAAUUAUGUCCACGCCCUUCAGAUUAACAAUAAGCGAAGCUGGGAAUUCUAUGGUGAAACUUGUCUAAAGGAUUUUGUGUGUAAAUUUAUCGAUAGUCGUUCAAAAACCAUACUUUCAUAUCGCACAAUGGCAAGGGUUAUGACAAUUACCUAGUAAUCAGACAGUUGUUAGAUGAAAAGAUGGACGUUGAACUAAUUAAUCAGGGUGGUAAGAUAAUGUGUAUGACCGUAAAAGCUCUGAACAUCAGAUUUAUCGAUUCUCUAAACUUUUUCCCUAUGAAAUUAAGCAAACUGCCAUCAGCCGUGGGGUUCUCCGGGACUAAGGGUUAUUUUCCACACUUGAUGAACACUUCAGAAAACCAAAAUUAUGUAGGCCCGAUGCCACCGCCAGAACUUUCCGGUGUUAACUACAUGCUGCUGAGCGAGAAAGCCGAGUUUCUAAUUUGUUUUGAAGAAUGCAAGGGAACUGUGUUUAACUUGCAGAGAGAGUUGAAACUCUACUGCCAGCUGGAUGUGGCAAUUCUUAGAGAAGGCUGUGUCAGGUUUCGGGACGAGGUCAUGAAUAUGACCAGACAGGCGCGUGUGACUGUGUCGGGUGUUGCCUGCAUUGUGUGCACCUCUCUGUCCAGCAAAUUAACAAUAGUAAUAAUUAUGCAAAACCAACAUCCCUCCCCUGUUCUCUCUCUC